UGCUGGCUUGGACAGAGACACACACACACAUACACACACAUUCGGAGCUUCGCACCUAUCGGCUACGACCAUAAAUCAUCCGCCAUAAAAACCAGCGAGCCAUGGAGCUACCGCAUUGACCCGGGAGCUUUCCACGUCGAACCCGCCUUGCGUGGACUGCCUACGGCGAGUUAGGCGCGAGGGUUUAGCAGCCUGACUUGAGUAUUUAAUUCCGAGCUAGCGAGUUGCGACCAUCUGGUGUGCUUUUUAUCUUAAAGGAGGCGUGGCGUCUCUCUUUACCAGGAAGACAACCGAAGUAUUGCAUCUUUAUUUUCCCCAUUGAAAUGUUUUGAGCGUCACGCCGGCUACAGCGUCGUCCCGUGGGGCUUAAUCCCGCCUCCGCGGCAGUAAAACAAGGCAAGAACGCGUCGGUGCUCGUGGUGAUACUGCGGGCGGAAGAGGGGGCUGCACUUUGCCACCGAACAGCCUGAAAAAUGACGAUGUCCGUCCCGGAGAGGAAAUCGGGAUCGGAAGGAAAAGAGGAGGAGAGCGAGGAUGAGAGCGAGAUCCUGGAGGAGAGCCCCUGUGGACGCUGGCAAAAGCGCAAAGAGCAGGUGAGUCAAGGUAAUGUUCCAGGUGUGGAAAGCGCCUCCCUUGCCAUGGACACUGAGGAGGGUGUGGAGGUGGUGUGGAAUGAAGUGCUUUUCUCGGACAAGAAGGUCUUCAAAGCACAGGAGGAAAAGAUCAAGGAGAUGUUUGAGAACCUGAUGCAGGUGGAACACCCUAACAUUGUCAAGUUCCACAAGUACUGGCUGGACAUGAAGGAGAGUCAAGCUCGGGUCAUCUUCAUCACCGAAUACAUGUCAUCGGGCAGCCUCAAGCAAUUUCUGAAGAAAACCAAGAAGAACCACAAGACCAUGAAUGUGAAGGCCUGGAAAAGAUGGUGCACCCAGAUUCUCUCUGCCCUCAGUUAUUUGCACUCUUGUGAUCCACCAAUAAUCCAUGGCAACCUGACGUGUGACACCAUCUUCAUCCAGCAUAAUGGCCUCAUCAAGAUUGGCUCAGUGUGGCAUCGGCUGUUUGUAAAUGUAUUCCCAGACGCAAACGUUCAGAGCAAGGGGAGGCAACAUCGUGACGAGCAGAGGAAUCUUCAUUUUUUUGCACCAGAAUAUGGAACGGGUGAAGAUGAUUAUGCAAUCGACAUUUUCUCCUUUGGCAUAUGUGCUUUGGAGAUGGCAGUGUUGGAGAUCCAGGCCAAUGGAGAUGCUGCUGUCUCCAAGGAAGCCAUUGUAAAUGCAGGACAAUCCCUGGAAGACCCUCUCAUGAGAGAGUUCACACAGUCUUGUUUAGGCCAGGACGCCAAGCUACGUCCCACUGCUCAUGACCUUCUCUUCCACCGGGUCCUGUUUGAGGUCCACUCCCUCAAACUGCUGGCUGCCCACUGCCUGAUCAACAACCAAUACUUGCUUCCUGAGAACUGCGUGGAGGAGAGGACCAAGUCAUUUGACCCCAACGCUGUCAUGGCAGAGAUCAAGCAUGAAGACAGGCUGGGAAUUCAGCUAAAGUACUCCCACGUGUCCCCUUUGGAACUGGACAAGUUUCUGGAGGAUGUAAAGAAUGGGAUUUACCCCCUGAUGAACUUUGCGUCAUCUCGGCCACACCCCGUACCCCGCGCACUCUCCUUGUCUCAGGAGCAGGUGGAGACGGUCAAAACGCCCACCCCUGAACCCCAGGAGACAGAGACCAGGAAGGUGGUUCAGAUGCAUUGUAACUUGGAGUCCAAUGAUGAAGGGACCAAAACUCAUGUGAGUCGCAUAGUAUAUCAGCUGUCUUUAUUCCUAAAGAUGGAUGAUAAACUUCAUCGGCAGCUUAGCUGUGACAUCCUUCCAACUGAUACAUCCAAAGACCUUGCAAGUGAGCUCGUACACUACGCUUUCAUCAAUGAGGAGGACAUUGAGAAGGUGGCGGUGUUCCUCGAAAACGCCAUCAGUCGGCACAGAGUACGAGCACUGGCAUCUGGGAGCACACAGUGAAGGAGGAGUCAUGGUAGCAGACAGAGCCAGAUGGAUGUACGGGGAGCCCCAGGGAGCCGUUGAGAACACUGAUAGAGAAAGGAAAAGGGGGUAUGUGGCACCCUACAGCCGCAAGUAGAAGGAGCAGAGCCAGAACACUGAAGGAUGCUCAACUUUGAGGGUCUGAGAGCAAUGGCGGCAAGGGAAAGGGAACAGAAACUUGUCCGGAGGACCAGAUGCGUCAACACAACAGUGAAUGAUUGACAAAGCCGUUUCCUUAAAAGGGCUCAUCUGCCUUAACUUAUGUUGGCAACUUUUCCCUAAUGCCUCUGUUUCCAAUGUCAUUUAUUUUACUUACAAAUGCAGCAGCCGUCUUUGCAAAGGAAUGUUUUAGUACGCAUCAAUUGCACCCAUGACAGCCCAAUUUUUACUUUACAUUCUGCACUUAAUUACAGUUUUUGAUACCCCAUCCAUCUUACAGUUAUUCCAUGCGCUUAUUUAUUUGUAUUGUACUGUGAAGCAUUGUACAAGGCGUAUUUCUUGAUUUAUGUGUGCUAUAAUAUUUAUGACUUGCAAAGUAACAUACCUCACUGCAUUCCUCCUUGGGUCAAAAGUUACUUCUCCCGCAGCUAAACAAGAGCAAUUAGCCUCUUUACCCUGUAGUGCUCUUAAGGGGGUUUUCCUCUUUAAAAGUGUUCUGAAUGCCAAAGACUUGCAAAGUGCCUAGUAUGGCAGACAGAAACUAAUUCAAAAUCAUUGGUAUAAAAGCUAAGUGGCUAAUUCGGAAUGUAUCGUUUAAAAAACAGAUGUCCAACGUGCAAGUAUGCAAAAUCAAAUGAGUAACUGAAUGUGCAAAUGAACCAUAACUUGACUCCAAACUCACUGACAGAAGCAGAUUCUGUGCACAGGUUGAAAAUAUCAGUAGAUUGUUGACUGCAGCCAUUAUUAGACAGUUAUACGUUGUUCAUAGGGUAAACAUUUUGAGACACAAAUCAUACAUGGAAAGGAGUGUGCAGUUUCAUUAAUUUUCAAUCAAUCAAUCAAUCAAUGUUUAUUUAUAUAGCCCUAAAUCACAAGUGUCUCAAAGGGCUGCACAAGCCACAACGACAUCCUCGGUACAGAGCCCACAAUUUUGUAAAAAAUGUUACUACUAUUUUAUAUUUUUCUGUGUCUGCUUGUUAAACCCUCCAACAUUCUGUCUUAACUCCGUCUAGAAGUGUUAUUAAGUACACAAACAUUAUUUUAAUAUACGUAGCGUUACUACAGCUAUUAUGCAGAGUUUGUGCUUACGUUAUAUUUCUGUAUACAGUAGAAAAAUUCAACCAUAAUAUCUGAUAAGAGUAUCAAUAAUGGUAAAUUCUAGUAAUCAUCCACUUCUAUAAGACUCGAUACAAAGAGCACAACAUUUUCCAAAAAUAAAUUAGACAUUAAAUGUUUGUAUAUUGUCUAUUAUGUAGUUUUUAAGUUUUGUUUUACCAAUAAUGCUUUGUUUACUCCAAGAAGUCACAAUUUUAUAACAGACUGCUGUACAGUAAUUGCUUAAAGUUUUACUUUGCUUGCAAGUGUAUCUCUUUAGACAGCUUUCCAGCUAUUCACCUUCUACUGUAUGUAGGCUGUGCAGUACAUAUUUUGUGUGGCUUUUAGGGGUUUACUUUGGAUCCAAUUCCAAUGUGAAACAGUGCCACUUGUGCUCUUUAAUGAUCUCAUUAAACGCAUGUCUUAAAAACCUGAAACUUUUAAAAAUGUAAGCAUUUUUGCCUUUGUAAAAAUUUGGUUGGAGAAGGGGAUCUGAUCAAGAAAAUUGACGUUUGAAUUUUUCAAACAUAGUAGAAAAGAAAUAUUAAUAUUGGCAAAUUGAAUUUUAACUGUGAUUCUGUUGAAUGAUACUCGCUUUUGAAUGUGUUCUACUACUGCAUUUGUAAAAUAUACCCAGUAUAUAUUGUAACAAUGGCAAUGAAAUAAAUGACAAUAAACUA